AUGGGUCAAUACAGCUACACUCAACCUUCAAGCAGCUCGGGAGAAUGUAUGAGUUCGACUGCUCGACGUCGAUCUGGUGGAAAUUUUGGAUUUCCUAUCCGUUGUUACUGCGGUUUGGUGCCAGUGCUCCAGACAUCUUCCACAGACCUGAAUCCAGGUAGAAGGUUCUACGGAUGCCGUAAUAAUGAGGAUGGUGGCUACCAUAUAUGCAAGUGGUGGGAUGAAGCUAUGACCGAGGAGUUUCAAGAGCUUAGUUUGGUUGUGGAUCAACACGCAGACUCCAUUCGUUACUUCAAAAUUGGUGAUUGCAAAGCUGUACAUAAUUGUAUUGAUAAGCCAGCAAUGGAGGCAAUGCGUCGCAGGAUCAUGAGCUUGGAUGCAGAUAUAGCACAACUAAGGGACCAACUUUUGGAGUCACGUUUGGGAGGCUUGAAGUUGAAUCAUGCGAUGGUGGCUGGUGCAAUCCUGAUUGUUGUUAUUGUCUUUCUUGGUGUUUGUUUAACUAGAUCGUAG